AUGCGUCGGCUCCUCUCGCGAACCGUCUCCGCCACCCGAUCACCCGUCUCCUCACCGGCCUGCUCGACCAUCGCUGCCUUCGUCAUGGCACCCAACGGCUCCCACUCGGCGUCCGUGGCCGCGCGUCGAAUCCAUGCCACGGCUCAGCACCUUAAGCCCAUGAAUGCGCUCGCCUCGACGGCAACCAGCUACCCCACGACGCACGACAAGAUCCAGACGGUGGAGGACACGCCGUACUUUGUCGACAACAAGUUUGUCCAGUCGAAGACGGACAAGUUCAUUGAUCUGCCCGAUCCGGCGACCAACAAUCUGGUGACGCGCGUGCCGCAGAUGAAGCACGAGGAGAUGAAGGCGGCCGUGGCGAGCGCCGAAAGGGCGUUUGAGUCGUGGAAGAGCACGUCGGUCCUUCAGCGACAGCAGGUCAUGUUCCGCUUCGUGCAGCUGAUCCGCGAGAACUGGGAUCGACUGGCGGCCAGCAUCACGCUCGAGCAGGGAAAGACCUUUGCCGACGCCAAAGGCGACGUCUUGCGCGGCCUACAGGUGGCCGAGGCCGCCAUCGGCGCCCCCGAGCUGCUGAAGGGCGAGGUGCUCGAGGUGGCCAAGGACAUGGAGACGCGGACCUACCGCGAACCGCUGGGGGUCGUCGCCGCCAUCUGCCCCUUCAACUUCCCGGCCAUGAUCCCCCUCUGGUGCAUCCCGAUCGCGACGAUCACGGGCAACACGUUGAUCCUCAAGCCGUCGGAGCGUGAUCCCGGCGCGGCCAUGAUCCUCGCCGAGCUCGUGCAGAAAGCCGGCUUCCCCGACGGAGUCGUAAACGUCAUCCACGGGGCCCACAGCACCGUCGACUUCAUCCUCGACGAGCCGGCCAUCAAGGCCGUCAGCUUCGUCGGCGGCAACAAGGCGGGCGAGUACAUCUUCAGCCGCGGCUCGGCCAACGGCAAGCGUGUGCAGGCCAACCUGGGUGCCAAGAACCACGCGGCGGUCCUGCCCGACUGCAACAAGAAUCACUUCAUCAACAGCGUCGUCGGCGCGGCCUUUGGCGCCGCCGGCCAGCGUUGCAUGGCCCUGAGCACCCUCGUCAUGGUGGGUGAGACGAAGGAGUGGCUGGUCGAGGUUGCCGAGCGCGCGCGCGCCCUCCGCGUCGACGGCGGCUUCGAGGAGGGAGCCGACCUCGGCCCUGUCAUCUCUCCCCAGAGCAAGCAGCGCAUCGAGCAGCUCAUCGAGAGCGCCGAGAAGGAGGGUGCCACUGUCCUUCUCGACGGCCGAGGCGUCAAGCCCGACAAGUACCCCGACGGCAACUUCGUCGGGCCGACCAUCAUCUCCAACGUGACGCCCGACAUGACGUGCUACAAGCAGGAGAUCUUUGGCCCCGUGCUUGUUUGUCUCAACGUCGACACCAUCGACGAUGCCAUUGAACUCAUCAACAAGAACGAGUACGGCAACGGCGUUGCCAUCUUCACCCGUUCCGGCCCCACGGCCGAGACGUUCCGGCGCAACAUCCAGGCCGGCCAGGUCGGUGUCAACGUGCCGAUACCGGUGCCGCUGCCCAUGUUCUCCUUCACCGGCAAUAAGAAGAGCAUCGCCGGAGGAGGCGCCAACACGUUUUACGGCAGACCCGGCAUCAACUUUUACACCCAGCUCAAGACGGUCACGUCGCUCUGGCAAAGCUCCGAUGCGGUGUCGAAGAAGGCCUCUGUCCACAUGCCUACCAUCCAAUAA